UUUUUAUUGACUCAAAACAUGAGCAAGUGAAGAAAAAGCCGAUAAAGCUCCGAAAUUAUUUUAAUUAAAUACUUAAGAAUUGAUUAUAUUCUAAGAUAAAACUACUUUAGAGAAACUUCAAUAAUAAGGUUUUAAAUUUUAUAAGCUGACAUGGCGGACCGACUGACUCAAUUGCAAGAUAUGAUAAAUCAGCAAGCUGAACAUUUUUGCAACAGUAUUGGAGUCUUACAACAGUAUUCAACACCAAGUAGAUUUCCUGGUUUCGAUCGACCCCAAACAAUUCAACCCACACAACCUCAAGAAGAUUAUGCUGCCUUAUUCGCAACUCUGAUUGCAAAAUGCGCAAAGGACAUCGAUAUCCUGAUAGACAGUCUUCCGAGUGAAGAAUCCUCUCAAGAAUUACAGCUGGCGAGUCUAAAUCGUCUCGAGAAGGAAAAUCAGGAAGCUGGAGAGAAAUUAGAAGAGGUCGUUCGCGAAGGAGAGGCUCUUUUGGCUCGCAUUCAAGCUGCACUGCAGGAUAUAGCUCAAAGUCAACUGGACAUGCAAAACCCUUCGACAACUGCCGUAAUUAACACCAAUCUCAACCUUGAGCAGACCUCUGCCAUUAGGCAAGAAUCCCUCGGCCCUAACAGCGCUCCUCCCAGCAACAGCCACCAAUUGCCGGAUCCAUCACCAACCUCUAUCAGCCAAUAGCAUUUUUUGAGAGAUCACAGAUUUUCGGACGACAAUUGAUCACCGGGCUACGAUUACUAAGAUGUAUAUAAAGUUCCAUUAAUAAAUUCAUCUUUUGUACU